GUUUUCGCUGAUAGUGGAAAGGUCAACAAACUCUGACGAAAAGUCAUCAAAAAUGUUAAAGGUCAAAAGGUCAUUGAAACGGACACCAGAAAGGUCAUCAUGGAUGAAAAGUCAACAGGAAGGUCCUCCAGUCGAAAGGUCAUCAGACUCGGACUGAACCAUACGAGAGAAGCAAAAGGUUAUCGAAAGGUCAAGAUACUCCGACCGAAAUUCAAAUAGAACAACGAAAAGGUCACGGAAGUUCGGAAUCUUCAGAAAUUGUCGUCCAGUCGAAAGGUCAUCGGACUCUGACUGAAGUACAAAAUGAAGUGCAAACGUCGAUCGAAGUAAAAGCGGAAGAAAUUAAAGGUCAAUCGUAUUGGUAAGAGACUCCGGCAGAAAUCCAAAUGGAACAGCCAAAAGGUCACGAAAGAUCUGGAUCAGCAAAAAUGAAAGGUCAUCAGACGAGGUUGUGAAGCCGGAUCACAGAAAACCAUAAGGUGUCAAGUGAAAGGUCAAGCGACAGACCGACUCAAGGUCACGGGACUUUCACAGAAAAAGACGAACAGCCUAAAGGUCAACAGACGUCUGGAACCGUGGAGAAGGAAGCGCAAUCUAAAGGUCAAGAGAGUUCCGUGUCUACGGAACAACCGAAAGGUCACGAGACUGAAAGAGAAGGUCGUGCUCCCCAUGGAAAGAGCGGCAGUAGAUGCAGAAGCGGACUCCGCGCGACAGGUGGUUCAAAAAAUCGUUGUUUACACUGUUGAAAGAGGCUUCAGCGACGGAGAAACCGAAAGGUCAAAAGAUUCCAUUGACGACCGAGAAAUCCAAAAGGUCACGAGACUUAACCGCAAAAGAGAAGACUGACGAACCGGAAUUGACUCAGUCUUCGUCCGGAUCAUUGGCGAGAUAGACAAUCGAUGAGAAACAGAGUCAGGAAACCGAACCAACGGACUCGGCAUUCCCGCAGAAACCGGAUACGUGCGGUACACCAGCGAAAUGAAAAAUGCUGCCAGAGCACAACAAAAUGCGUGGAGAAUGGUCAUAACUGAUGCGACAUUGGAUAAUAUAUGUCGAACAAAUGGAACGACAUGACCUUUCGAGUUACAAGGCUGUGAACUUAGAACUGGAAGAACUUUGUACUCGAAUAAUGGCGAACAGAUCAGAAACAGUUGAAUGUUAAUUAGUUAUCGCUGGAGAACUGGUGAAAACGUCAAAAGCGUGAAAGGUCACCGUGUUAGAAUGAGACGAAUGAACUGAAAAAUGGCACGGGAAAGGUCAUCACGUUAAAGUAACGAAAGGUCAUCGGAAUAAGAAUUGAAUGCGAAAGUCUCAGUUCAGUACGGUAUAGCCUAACUAGGCGCAAUGGUAAAGUAUAAAGGUCACGUAACAUAUUACUGAAACCGCGUUCGUGUACUUGUUGUUUUCAGCGUUUAUAGCACAGAAUCGAAGGGAUAAAGAAAUCAUGUGGAAUAUCUAUUGGGGUUGAAAUUGAUUCGGUCUAUAAAGCCGGCCCCAAGGGAGUAGUUACGGCAGUUAGCCGGCUCUCCUCCUUAAGCGAUUCAGUGUUAUAAAUUGACAAGAGAAACUACGGUAAUCAAGCCGGAUCUCUUGAAUACGAAACGGGGCCACAAGCGGCGAAAAAGAGAAAGACAACAGGUGGAAUAUUGAUGAGGUUAACUUAAUGCGGCAACCAGCCGGCCUCAUUAGAGUUGUUACGGUAAACUGUGCCGGCACUCUUCUUAAGCGAUUCAGUGUUAAAGGUGAAACGAGAAAAACUACGGUAAUCGAGCCGGAUUUCUCGUAUUAACAUGGGCCACAGGCGGCGAACAAGAGUAAAAGAUUAAAUGUGGAAAUUUCAUGGGGUAAAUUCAAUGCGGUAACUAGCCGGCCCGAUCAGAGAUGCUACGGUGAACUUUGCCGGCACUCUGGCCGCUCGAGGCAUAUUGAAGUUGGAUGUGCGACGGAAAGGUCAAAUUGCAGUUUUACCAGGGAGGCAAGCAGAGAAGUGCUUGAAAGCCGCAGAAAAUUGGCUAAGUUCCUCCAUGACCUUUAAUGGAAGUUUGAACAGAAGAGGGAUAACCUUUGGGAUCAUCAAAUGCCCAACAGAGUCACCGUAAUGGAAUUAAGUCGCAUGACCUUUGGGACCAUUAACCCAAAAUGAGUCGCACAUCUCAACGGAUCAUCUCAACAAAGGAUGACCUUUACCAGGGAGGAAGCGGACUACGCUUGUCUACAUGACGUCCCUCCAUGACCUUUAUGGAUCUCAUUUGAAGUCGUACAAUUGAUACGCACCUUAUUCCAAAGACUGAAGCAGUAUUCUUAAGUCGUACUUGAUACGCACCUGAUUCUCAAGCGGAUUGUGAUGAAGUCGCACUAUGGAUGCGCAGAAUUGCUCAAUGGAGCGGAAUGGGCCAAUGUGCGGAAAACGGUGGACAGGACCUGUGACCUUUACGAGUCAGAAAUGGAGGAUCCUAGUCUACAUUUGAUUAAUACUUUUGUUGAUCUUAUAACUGUUGAUCUGUUUUAUGAUAGUAUUUUUAUAAUUGGAUCUCUUUAUUCACAUCGUAUUAAAUGGAAUUGUGCAUUUAUGGAAUUGAUGUGAUAAAAUGGAAUAAGAGAAUUUGAUGUUUUCUUUUGAGCACGCACAGACACUGGCGACCGUCGUCUUCUCGUGGAUUCGGGAGUGUGUCCAGCCUCACAGGAGCUCGGCAUCCCCCCAGAGGCAUGUGAGACCGGGAUCACUGGCGUUCACGUUAGUGGCGCUACGCCUGUGGCCCUACGCCUUAGGAUUACGUGUCUGUGUUGUGUCUCUUCUGAUUGGCUUGCGUUUUGAUAGUGGGCGCGGCAUAGCACGUGCUGCACGGUGUUGCACACUGUUGAACGGGCUCUACGUUUUACGAUCGAGCUGUGCCGAUCACUUGUUGAUUUCUGUUGUGCAGACUUUCAAUAUUAUUAAAAGUCAGCGAUUUACGGCGCGGCGUUUGUGUUUCCGCAUAGUUCGCGAUCCAGGUCGUAUCGCUCACUUCCACGGGAUAGAUUCCGUUUCUGUCUCCGUCUCUGGAUCCAUUCUGGAUCUAGCUUUAGAUGCAGUUUGAUGGUGGUCGAGGCACUUUCGGCGUGGUCAGCAUUGGCCAGCCUAGUUUAUCUGUGACAGCGAUUGUCCCCGCGAAUCGGAUCCGCACCCAUUUGACGAAAUGGGUCGCCCUGACGCCGCAAGAUUGCCUCGAAUUAUCAGCAGGAUCUACGAAGGAUACGUCACCAACGACUCCUAAAUCGUUAGAUACGGCAGUGCCAGAGGGUCUCAACCAAAACAGUCCCGAUCAUUUGGAAUCUGCUCCCGAUUCGGUUGAUGAGAGAAGCCUUAACACGUUGCCUGCUGUCAUCUUAGCGGAAAUAUUUGAAUGCUUGGAGACUCCGGUCCGUUGUCGCUAUCGCCGCGUGUGCAGCUACUGGAACGGCGUUCUUUCUCUGCCGCGUAUCCAGAACCAGUUGCGUUUGCAUUACGGUACCCGCGUCAAGGAUGCGGACGAGAACAUGGGCCAUCCUGAAGUAGAGUACUUGAACGCCGUCUGCGCCAGCAAGUGCUGGGCUCCCACCAUCGUUAUCACCGGCUCCGCUGGCAAUGACGAGCCAGUGUUUUCGGCCGUCAACUUUCUGUGUAUCAUGGUAAAAUUCGGACACCGUCAGCCCCGCACUCUAAUUGUAUCCGAUCUGCUCUGGAACGUUCUGGAGAUUCACGAGGAGCUUGUUGCUGUUCUAUCGCGGUGCCAGACUCUGAUUGUACGGAAUGGCCCAGCACCUGUGUUGAGUGUGGAGUCGGUGGGUGGCUGCAAAAUCUUGAGAGUGCAUAGCACUAACCGCCUUCUGGAUGAAGGCCGACAGAUCAACGGAAUGGACUGGAUGAAGAUCUGGGUAGAAAGUAUGCCGGAGCUGACGGAAACACAGGUGGGUUUUGUCCUGGACGGGAUGGGCAACCGCCACCGGGAUCAGAAUGGAUGCGUUGCAUGGGACGACGUCAAACAGGCUUUGCUGGAGAUGCCGACGGGUUUUGCGGAUAUAAUGGCUGCUAUCGGCACUUCCCAGAUCACCCUCCAGAUGGCACAUCCCACCGCGAAAGACUUGGCUAGAUUGGAGCUGCUGAAACUAUCCAAAUACUUGCAGCACUACUUACUGGCAGGGGCUCUCCGGGACGCCUGAUUCAUACCCUUAAGGACGAUAUCGUUGUGGAAUGAUGGCUGUGUUUAGCGUGAUUGGCUUUUAGUACUUUCUACAAAUGACAUGGUGCCUGGAAUAAGGUCGUUCUUUCGUUUAUUGCUUUCCUUUUGUUAGAAUGCCCACGGUUGAGUAUCAGGUGUAAAUCGUGUACCGCAACGAAUUCGGUUUUCGGUUAGUUGUGAAUCUUGUGAUUGUUUGUGACUGUCGUUGCUGUCGGUUCCUUUCGAGGCGAAGGACA